UACCGUCAUCAAGUUGUCUGCAUUCGACUCGGGUCCGCGGAACGGGUGUCUCGCUUAUCGAAUCCCCGAUCAAUCAUCUGAAGUUGUCCUCAGACAGAUUGCCAUUGUGACAUCGCCGCAUCAUCGUCGAUACCCCGCCAGCGAUGGAGAUUUCAGCGUACCCACUCCCGUAUGUUCCGUGCGAUUUUUUGGAGACCUCCUAUGAGCUCGACAGUUUCGCUGAGCCUGAGGAAGAGAAUACGCAGCGAGUGAUCUACUUCUUCACACCGAGGCACCACGACGCGGUCAAACCCGCCAUAAAGGAUGUGGUCAAGGGCCCUGAUGCGACCAAAGCCGGCUUCAUCUGCUCCUCGGAAGUCGUUUAUUCGAAUGUGAAUAGAGAUCCGAUCAUCGAUGUCACUGGGGAUAUGGCAGCGUACAUCCGCUUCUACGACCAUCCGCGGAUGCAAGUGUAUCCUCUCGGGAGUCCCGAAGCCUUGUCGGUGAAUCCCGACGACGUGAAGUGCGUCUUCUUGUUCGGCUCCCGACAAUGGAACGGUGAACUGCGCGGUCGCUGCGCCGACCUCAGCUUAGGCGUCAGAGUGCAUGAGAAGUUUUUCAACAACCUCCUGGACGAUAAUGAGCUCGUACUGUCGCGAUUGAGAAACGUUCCGGUAAUCGGAGGUGAGCCCACUCGUCCAUCGCUGAGUGUCAGUCCCAGAGGUUUCAUCGUGACCGGAGGGAGAUUCGAAGUGAGCAGUGUUCACGUCGAAGACGAAAGGAGCGCAGGUCAGAAAUUCCAUCAGUUGAAAGAAGCUGUUGACGCGUGCGCCAGACGCAUGUAUCGACCGAAGUCCUUCGGGUUUGUCUUCGGAGCCUUCGGCUCGUUCAUGCGACACGAAAGUCAUUAUAUGAGCACAGAUAUGUGGAGGAAGCUCCAGAACGAGUUUCCUUUUACUCAAUUCAUCGGUUGCGCCACGGAAUGCGUAUACACUGAUGUUCAUACGAAACUCGAAAAAGUAACACUCGUCAGUAUCGUCACCAUCGACGAUUGAGAGCUACAGCUCGAGGAGCUGUUUGUUCUGAUUUAUCGAAUCUACGACCGAGGCAGAGUCGAAAUGCGCUCUUAUCCAUUGGAAGUAGCCAAUGGUUAUUUCCUGGACCCCGCUGCCUUCAUAAAAUUUAGUCCGAGAAUUUAGGGGCAAGACCUGUCUCUCUAGUACGGGAGGUGAGCCCGAAUUGAGGAGGAUUGUUUUUUGUAUAUAUACUUUUACAAAGUCGUCUACGCCGAUGAGGCGUAUUUCAUUAAAAACGUCGAAGGUAUCAAUUCUCUUCGAGGCAUAUCAGAGCUCUAUCCAAAUAAAAUUGUGAAUCGUGGUCGAUCGAAUAUCG